UUGAUUUUCUUUUUGCUUUUCUCUCCAUAGCUAUGGUUACUGCUUCACUAUCUGUUGAUACUCCUCCACUUCCUCUUACCAAGGAGCCUACUACUUUAAUGGCUUCUUCUCCAUCUCCACUCUUCAGCCCGGCUUCCGAAAAGCGUUUCUGGGGCAUCCUCCGUGGCCGCGUCGAUGCACUCUUCGGUGACCGAAAUGUCGAUCCUUCUUUGCUUAAAGAGAUUAAUCCAAGAGAAUCCAACAGAGCUAAGCGAUUGAAAGAGGAUUCAUUGCUUUUGCUUAGAGGCUUUGAUUCCAUCACACAUACUCUCUCUCAGCUAUCGAAUAACCUCGACAAUGCUCUCCAGGGAGCUAGAGAGCUAGCUAAACCUCCAACGUUGACCGAUAUAUUUCAUAGUAACCUCAAGAAUUCAGAGCCAAAAGAGGAAGAAUUCGAAGUCGGAGAAGAGGGUAAGAUCGGUCUGAAGAGGAAAUUUGACCACAGUGAGAGCUCGGAUGAUAAUGGUUCACAAAAGGAGAACGAGCAAAGCCCCAAGAACAACAAGAUGAUGAAGAAAGCCAAAAAUCUUGCGAUUUGCAUGGCAACCAAGGCAGCUUCACUCGCCAGAGAGUUGAAGUCAAUAAAUAAUGAUUUAUUUUUCAUGCAAGAGCGUUGCAGUCUGCUCGAGGAAGAGAACAGGAGGCUCCGAGACGGGUUCACCAAGGGGGUCCGACCCGAGGAAGACGAUCUGGUGAGGCUUCAACUGGAAGCACUGCUUGCAGAGAAAUCAAGGCUUGCGAAUGAGAAUGCAAAUCUGGUGAGGGAAAACCAAUGCCUUCACCAGCUUGUGGAGUACCAUCAAACGACUUCCCAAGAUCUAUCCGCAUCGUAUGAAGAAGUGUUGAGAGGAACGUGCUUGGAUUUUUCAUCUCCCAUUGCAGAAGAAGAGGAAAUCAAUGAAGGAGAAGAAGGUGGUAUUGUUGGUGCUGAUAAGUACCGACAGAUUACUCGAACACCUCGAGCAGAUAUCCUUGGCUUGUCCACUUCUCUUGAUGAGUACUUUGAUGAAGAGCAACAGCAUCAGGUCUCAUGCAAACCAGGAAAAUGAAGCAAUGAUCUUGGUUAUUUAUACUGUUUCAAGUUUUGUAUAUUAUGCUUUCCCUUCCAUCAAUCUUGGUAAGAGAUAUCUAUCAGUGUCCUUUAAUCUCAAAUAAUAUAUAUUUAUAA